GGCCCUAAGACCAAAAUCAGACACGGGAAACUCCAGAUCUGUCAGCUUCAAACCAAUAAUGGGAAAACCGAUGGAGGCCAUCACAUGGGAUAAGUAUCAGCUUGCAGACUGCCAUGGAAAUUCCUGUUUUGCUUCAAACAGUCAAUGGGAGUGAAUUGCCCUCCAGCGUUGUGUUCGCCUUCGUUUGAAACAAACAGCCUUCACGAUGAGGUAGAGCCCCGCCCAGAAAAGCACAGGCGUUCAGACUCGCUGAGAGUCCUCCUUCAGUCCCGAUCAGUAUUCCAAAACGAUGACAGGGAUGAAGCAGAUAGAGAAAUUUCUGAAGAAACAAACCUCGACUCUGACCAGAAGCCGUGUGGAAAAGGAUGGCAUUUUCCCAGGGACCCUGAAGCGGCGUCCGAGCGCCUCCAAAAUACUCCCGUUCCUAAAGGACACAGUGUCUGGCAGUGACAGCCCCAGCCCCAAAGAUGAGUUUAGCCCGGACAUUGGAUGCCUGGAGAGUAAAUGGACAGACACAGAGGACGACCUGACCAGUCCUUCCCUGUCAUCGGGGGAAAUCAGCCCCAAUGGGUCCACUCUCAGCAGUAAGUUGUGGCAUCUCUCAGACACCCCUGAGAACAUCAUAGAGCACGUGCUGGAGGGACUGCUCGAGACAACCAAGAACGGUACAGAUGCAGAGAUUCUGCUGGAUGAUUUUCUCCUCACCCACUCGGUCUUCAUGCCAACAGACAAGCUGCUGCAAGUUUUACAUAAACAAUACUGCAUGAGUGCUUCUGAAAGAGCUGAAAACUGGAAUGAAGCCUACCCUCAGUUGAAGAAACAGAAGGUUUUGAGAAUCACAGUUGAAUGGGCAGAAAAGUGCAAGGACCUUCUUCUCGAAGAUGAAGUUGCUGUAAGGUUGCUGAAGGACCUGAAUGCUAUCGCCAGAAAGGACCUGCACCUCUAUCCUAAUCUGAAUGAAGAACUGACGAGGCUUAAGCACAUCGUGGAUACAGUGGAAUACAGGCCACCUGAAGAAUGCAGCCACUUGCGAAAGAAACAGGUUAAACCUUUGUUCCGUCACUUCAGUCGUACUGACAUCUGCCUGCAGCAGAGGGAGCCUCUCCGUGGUACAGAUGAGAUUUUCUGUCGUGUCUACGCAAGUGAUCACUCCUAUGUCACCAUCAAGAGCCGACUGUCAGCGUCGGUGCAGGAGAUUGUGCUGGCUGUAGCUGAAAAACUUCAACAUUCUGAAGAAGAGUCCAAGGAACCAGUGCACAAGAAUUUGUUGCUGGUCGCUUUAAGAUCAUCUGGGGAGAAAACAAUGUUUCGGUUGGACGAAGAUUCCGUGUUUACCACUUUGGGCGUUAACACUCACCUGUUUGCCUGUACAAAGGAAUCUGUGGAGUCUCUGGUCCCUCCCCCAGCUGUCGAACGGUUCCCUCACGAAGGACCAGAAAUCAAUGAAAUGAACAUGGUGGAAAUGGCUAACCAGAUCACAACGUUUGACUGGGAGCUUUUAAACUGCGUGCAUGAGCUGGAGCUGAUCCAUUAUGUCUUCCGGAACGAGAGCAUUCGGAGGCGGACAGCAAACCUGGAGCUGGUGCUGCAACGGUGCAGUGAGGUGCAACACUGGGUGGCCACCGAGAUACUGAUGUGUGAACGCCUGGGCAAGCGGGUGCAGCUUCUCAAAACCUUCAUUAAUAUCGCAGCUCUCUGUAAGGAGAAGCAGAACCUGUUCUCGUUUUUUGCCAUCGUCAUGGGCUUGUGCAAUGCUGCUGUCAGCCGCCUCUGUCUGACCUGGGAGAAAUUGCCUGCAAAAUGCAAAAAGCUGUUCCAGAAAUUUGAGAGCUUAACGGAUCCCUCACGGAACCAUAAAUCCUACAGAGACGCCAUCGCCAGGAUGAAGCCUCCACUCAUUCCUUUUGUUCCCUUGCUGCUAAAAGAUAUGACAUUCAUACAUGAGGGCAACAAAACAUUCUUGAAUCAACUGGUGAACUUUGAGAAGAUGCACAUGGUGGCCAAUGCAGUGCGGACCAUGAGGAAAUAUCGAAGUACCCCACUCGAACUGGAAUCCGAAAUGGCCGCAAACCACAUUGAGAUUAAGGCGUACGUCCGUCAGCUCCAUGUGAUUGACAAUCAGCAGUUACUUUACGACCUGUCUUACCGACUGGAGCCCAAGGACCCGUAACCAUGGGGUGUUCUGCAAUGCUCACUGAUGGCAUUGGAAGUGUAUGUGGCUGUGCCACUGCUGGAUUGAACUCGUGUGUGUAACUGUGUAGAGCCACCGACUUACAAAAAGAGAUGCUGCGCCUACCUUGAGCUAAUGUGCCCUCGAGAAGCUGACCUCGAGGACUGGCUUUAGACCUAUUCCAGACAUGUUCAGUAUAAUGGACUGGACUGCUACAGUCCAGGGACACUUGUGGUGUGUGCCCAGUGUUCUUACAAGAAAUAUGUGCACUGAUGUAGGACCUUCAAGCAGGGAGCACUAAAUGCCUGCAACUGUCAAGACUAUUAUCCUUUGACAUGUUCCGUUUAACGAAAUCGUGGACUUGCAUGUUCAAAGAAUGUUCACUUUUAACUAACACAGGAUGGGUAAGUGGAGAGGGAGUGGGAGUGUUGUGUAUGGGCCUUUCUCAGGAAUAUUCUCAUUCUUGCUUGUGUCCCGUAUGAUUCACUUUAACUGAAGAUCGAAGUCAAACGCCUUCAGUAUUUACACCACUGUAAUAGAUAGAGACCCAGGACAUUGGCUCCCUCUGUUGGCAAGGAGUAAGUGGCAUGAAUUUUGAACUGGCUCUCGUGUGUGCCAAUUGCAUCAUACCUGAUGUGAAACCAGCAACUGGUAAUAACACUACCCGCCUUCACCCCACCCCCUAGUUUUAAAUAUUUAUUAGCUGUGCCUCCAUUUAUAAAACCUCCCACUUCAUUGCCUACUUCAGAUGACAGAACACUAUCUCCUCACUCUAUAUUGAUGAAACCCUGAACCAGGAAGAAAGAUGCAAGAACAACCUAAAGAUUCCUAGGGAGGGAUACACCCCACGUUUUUUUUAAAUUCCCUCUUUUGCCUCCAUGUGUGUUUGGACACUGCUGUUUUGCUCCUUUAAUCUGGGAAUUCACAACUGCAACACCAUGCCCGACCAACAGGUGGAGCAUUAUGAGGAUACGCCAUUGAAGGAGAAGAUUUGCACAUCAGUCUGACACCCAGCAUUGUACAUGUUUAGAGUUGUAUCCAUAUUUGAUUUGCUGUAGAAUUUCGUUGUACUAUAAGAUGAAUUGAUUAUUUUUUAUCAGUUUUUAAUUUCAAUGUUGCAUUUAGAAAAUAAUUUUUACAAUUUUUUCAAUUUUAUACAAAGAAUGCCUUUCCUCAUUUGGAUUUAUUUUGAGUUUACGGGGGUGUAGAUAUGUAGUGUUCAUCGAAUUAUCUCUGUUGUCUACUUGUAAAGAAAGCACUUACAGAUCAGACUGAAAUUAUGC